AGAUAUUUUGUAGCAUAGAUAGACAACUCCGAGGAUGCUGUGGAUAAAGUGCUGUGUUGUGCUCCUGGUCUUCACCUAUGCAUCUCAUGCUGAUCCAGUAUGCUCUGUUCCAGAUAGUGGGAAGGCUUCAGUGACAGCCCUUCUUCUGAACAUGGCCAGGUCUGUGGGACCAUGCGUCACUCCAAAUCCUAGUGUUUUGCUUGCAUUGAAUUUGGGUGACAAAACCUUCGAUCCAGCAACUGCAGAUCUCCUGGUAAAACAAUUGAAAGAAGAUGCAGUUACAAAGGUUUCUGAAAAUUUGCCUUUUAGCUCUGGGAAAGUAGCACUCUAUGUACUCGCUCUUCGCUCAUCGUGCUGUGACAUCACCAAUAUACCAUACUCUAAUGGAAAAUUGAACCUUGUAAGUCUCCUAGAAAAGAAAACAAUGGAGGAGAUCAAAAGUAUUGAAAAGAAAAAAAAACAACCCCUAACUACAUUUUACCAAGUGGCUUUGGAUGUUUUGACUCUGUGUGUUGUCAACAGUCACGUUGCCUUUCAAGCUGGGACAACGCUGGCAAAUGCUGUCCCAUCAAAUCCUACUUCACCUGAUUUCUCUGUGGACACCGCAGCUGUAGCAGUGAUGGGAUUUACAUGUGUUCUUGGCAUGGAUGCUGCUCCCUCUAAAACAAUUAGUUCAGUGAAGCAUGCUCUGUCCGUGUUAAUAAACCUCAUGUUGAACAACCAAAUGAGUGAUGGAAUCAUUGGUAAUAUAUACAGCACUGGUCUUGCUGGACAGGCACUUACUGCUGCACAGUCUUAUUAUACCACUACAUCUUGGAACUGCCCUCUCACAUUACAAAAAGUCCUUCAAGAAAUUCCACUUGGUACCUUCUCUUUGUCCAUUGCAGCUGCCCAGGUGUUACCCUUCCUGCAGGGUAUGAGUUAUGUCAAUGUGAAGGACAAGCAAUGCACAGUUGACAACAGUCCUCGCAUUACAGUGGAGUACACCAUAGUUAAUAACCUAGUAGAGGAAUAUUUCAAAUACACUAUCCAGGUAGAAGUCCCAGAAGGCUCAACUUUGUUGCAGGUCAUGCAAAAAGCUGCUCAGAUCAACUCCAAGGAGUUCAGUUUUUCCACUACCGAUAGUGAGUGGGGUGUCUUUGUCUCAAGCAUAAAUAAUCUUGCUGGAAAUAACAACCAGAGGACAUACUGGCAGUUUUUUAAUGAAACAACACCUUUACAACUAGGUGUAAGCUCAUACAAACCUACCAACAAGGAACACAUCUUGGCCAUUUUCAGCAAAUUCUAAUUAAUACACAUUUCUGCAUGUUCUGCUUUUCAUUUCUUUUUCCAGUAAUUUUUUAUCCUUUUACGGACAUGUCUGGUGU